AUGGCGCUGAAGCUGCAGGCCGGAGGCUCUCCGGAGCUAAGGACCGUCGACUUCACGACCGCAGAGGGAUGCCUCCCGUACCAAGGCCUAAGGGGAGGAGUUGCGGCGGUGCGCCGGCGGAACGUCUUCGCCGUCUUCCAUGGCAUCGAGGUCCAGAAGGACUCAGUUGUAAUUCUGUGCUUUGUUCUGGACUGUUCUGCUUCUCCUGCCAUGGGCGAGCGCGACAUUGAGCUGGGGCGCCUGCACGCCGACGCUACUGCAGUCUAUGGACCUCAGCACUACUUCCAGGAGGUUAGCGAGCUUGGGGUGUUGCUGGAAAACACGGGGAACAUGGUUCAGAAACUGAAGGAAGCCAAUCUUGAGUUCAGUUCAGUCUCUGGACAUGAUGCUAUCAAAGAAAUCAAGGUGAAGAUACAGGAGGAAAUGGAUGAAGUGGGGCAGAUGGCCCAUAACAUGAAGGAAAAGUUGAAUAAGAUCUUCCAAAGUGUGCUGACUCCAAUUCUGAACAAUUUGUCAAAAGGCCGUGGAUAUCCAGUCACCCUUCCCAAGACCAUGGAUCCAUCAGCAAUGUCGAUGACCAUGGAACUGAAGAUAAAGUUAAAAGAAAAGGAGAAUGAUUUUAAGAAUCUGCGGAAAACUGUCUGGGAAGAGUACGUAGAAGUCGUUCAGAGGAGGACUUUCACAGUCACCGGAAUAAAGCUUUCUGAUGAGGUGGUUCGCAUGAUUACCGCCAGCAGCAUCGUGCAGAUGUUUGAGAACGCACUGCAGGGAAUAAAUCCAGAGCAGGUCGUCCCCGCGAUGGAUGAAAUCAAGGAACGGCACGCCGCGGUCAUGGAUUUCGACAAGAAGAUUCUUGAGCUGCAACAGAAUUUCGCAGAGAUGGCGGCACUCGUUGAGACACGCGAGAAGAUGGACAAGGCCCUGAACAAGGUUCGGAAACUUACAGUCCGUGCACGGUCAACAAAGAAGGAGCUGCGCGACGAGAUGGCGGAAAAUGACCAACUGCUGGAGAAAAAUGACCGGCUUUUGGCACUUGUUAUUAGCCUGGGAAUAGCCCUCUGCGUUGCUGUGAUCUUUCUUCUUCUCCAAGUCCGCGCGCUCGCCGCCGCCGUCGCCAGGCGCGCCUUCGCCGCUGCCAUCUCUAGGCGCGCGCUCGCGGCCGCCGUCUCCCAGGCGCGUGCUCGCGCUUGCCGCCGUCGCCAGGCGAGCUUCAGGCACGCGCUCGGCUUCGUCCCCGGGCGUGUGGUCGGCGCCGCCGCCGCUGCCCUGUUCUUCUCGGUUGGGGAUAGGGCGUGGAAAUGA